GUCAAAAAAUUGUUGAUUCAAAAUAGUAAUUGAAAUAAAAUCGUUUUAAUAAUUAAUUAAAACGAAAUUAAUUUAAUUUUAUUAAUGAAAUCACGAUGAAAUUUGCGUAUAAAUUUAGCAACUUGCUGGGUUCUGUUUAUAAAAAGGGCGAUUUGCUUUUCUCCCCCGAUGGAAACUCGGUUAUUAGUCCCGUAGGGAAUCGUAUCACAAUAUUCGAUUUACGAAGAAAUAAAUCUACAACUCUUCCCAUUGAAAGUCGAUAUAAUUACAACGCGUUAGAUAUAAGUCCUAACGGUUGUACUUUAGUGGCGAUUAAUGAAAAAGGUGAUGCACAAAUAAUAAGUUUAAUCUCACAAACUGUUGUGCAUCGAUAUCGAUUUAAACGAAAAGUGAAUGCUGUUAAAUUUAGCCCCGAUGGCAAACAUUUCGCGGUUUGUAAAGAGAGUAAUGUUUUUGUGUUUAAGGCUCCAGGUCAAUUUACUGGUGAAUAUAACGCCUUUGUUAUGGAACGGGUUUUCCAUGGAAAUUUUGAUGUUACUACAUGUUUGGAUUGGUCUUUUGAUUCAAAAGUUUUAGCAGUUGGUUCAAAAGAUAUGACUGUUAAAUUAUACCCUCUUGAUAAAUGGAAAGAUUUUCGGAUGUACACCUUGGGAAGUCACACCGAUGCCAUUACAGGGUGUUUCUUUGAAAAACACAGUUUGGAUAUGAUUACUAUUAGUCAAAACGGACAAUUAUGCGUUUGGGAGUCAUCGAAAGAAACUAAGGAUCUUAUUCCGAUUGAGAAUGGUCCCGAAAAAAAGAGAUCUAAAAAUACCGAAGAUUUAAUUGAAGACGAAAUCGAUGUUUCUAAAAUUAAGGAGCGUAGCGAUGAGGAAAUCGCUGCCAGUUUAAAAGAGCUCGAAAUUGAAGAUGAGUCAAAGAAUGAGGAUCGAAUUUUUUAUAAAAGAAUUGCAAAACAUUAUAUAGCUAACGAUAUUAAAAAAGAUAACCACGAUGCUACAUUAACUGCGGUUGCUUAUCAUAAAGAACUUAAAAUUCUUGUUACGGGUUAUUCAACUGGAGCUUUUGUUAUAUACGAAAUGCCCGAGGUUAAUUUAAUCCAUUCUUUAAGCAUUUCUGAUAACAUCAUCACAUCAAUUUGUUUAAAUAAGACCGCUGAUUGGAUCGCAAUUGGGUGCGGGGGAUACGGACAAUUACUCGUUUGGGAGUGGCAAAGUGAAACUUACGUUAUGAAACAACAAGGACAUACAAACAACAUGAAUUGUGUUGCUUAUUCCACCGAUGGUUUAAUUUUAGCAACCGGUGGAGAAGAUGGAAAAAUUAAAUUAUGGAAUGUUCAUUCUGGAUAUUGUUUUGUAACAUUCACUGAGCACACAAAUGCAAUUUCUGGGUUAGCUUUUAGCGGAAAUAAAAAAUUCGUUGUUAGUUGUUCCCUAGAUGGAACUGUUCGAUGUUUCGACGUCGUCCGGUACAGAAAUUUUCGCACUUUAGCUUCACCCCGACCAGUUCAAUUAUCAUGCGUAGCAGUCGAUACAAGUGGGGAAUUUAUUGCUGCUGGGGGACAAGAUAUUUUUGAAAUUUUUCUUUGGUCAGUUAAAAUGGGGCGAUUAUUGGAGAUUUUAAGUGGACAUGAAGGGCCAAUUGGAGGUCUUUCUUUUAACCCAACACCAGGAAGUACAGUUUUAGCUUCAGUUUCUUGGGAUAAAACACUCCGCAUUUGGGAUGCCAUCGAAAAAGGAUCAGCUCACGAAUCGAUCGAGAUACAAAGUGAUGGAAUUUGUGUCGCUUUUAAACCGGACGGUUUAGAAGUAGCCGUUGGAACUUUAAACGGAGAUAUAACCUGUUUUAAUAUAAAAACAGCUCAACAAACUGCUAGUAUUUCGGGAAAAAAUGAUUUAGGAAGUGGAAGAUCCGAUACGGAUUUAAUAACGGCUCAACAAUCGUUAAAAGCUAAAUCAUUUACAACGCUUUGUUUUUCCGCGGAUGGUGAAUCAAUUCUAGCUGGUGGUCACUCUAAAAACGUUUGUAUUUAUAACGUUAAAGAAGGGAUUAUCAUAAAGAAAUUCGAAGUCACUCAAAAUCGAUCGUUUGAUGCUGUCGAUGAUUUUAUAAAUCGGCGUAAAAUGACCGAGUUUGGAAAUAUCGCUUUAAUUGAAGAGAGAGAACCUUUAGAAGGCGGAAAUAUUUCAAUUAAAUUACCUGGAGUACAGAAGGGCGAUAUGACAGCUCGUAGUUUUAAACCGGAAGUUCGUGUAUUUUCGCUUCAAUUUUCACCGACGGGGCAAGCUUUUGCGGCGGCUACUACGGAGGGGUUAUUAAUUUAUUCUUUGUGCGUUGGGUUGGUUUUCGAUCCGUGGAAUUUAGAGCUUGGGGUGACGCCGAAAGCUAUAAAAGAAGCUAUUUUUAAAAAAGAACACGUCAAUGCUUUAUCUAUGGCUAUAAAAUUGAAUGAAAUCGAUUUAAUACAAGAAGCCAUGGAAAGCGUUCCAAUUAAAGAUGUUGAGUUAGUGAUUACGAAUUUGGGAGAAAAAUAUAUUGAGCGACUUUUAAUCAUCUUAGCUAAUGCUUUGGAUAAUUCACGCCAUUUAGAAUUUUAUUUGUUGUGGGCGCAAAGCAUUUUAACUUACCACGGUCCUGGUAUUAAAUCCCAACAAAAUAUGCCGGCUUUAAUUGCUAUUCAAAAAAGUUUAACAAGAAAAUUUUCGCAAUUAUCAAAGAUAUGUGAUUUUAAUAAAUAUACGAUGCAAUACAUAUCGAGACAAGGCGAAUUAACCUCAAAGAAAAUUGAUGUGAAUCCGUUUUCAGAGGAAAUGGAUCAAGAUAUUGAUUAGGUUUAAAUAAAUAAAUCUUCUAAUUUGCCGUUUUUAUUUAAAGAUUACCAUCUUAAGUUUUAUUUAUGUCUGAGGUUGACUGUGAAUUAGCAAAACGGGGAAAUAAAUCGAUACGAAAAUUAAAUAAAGAGUUGGAAAAACCG